AUGUCUGCCUUAGACGUUGAUGCAAUCAGCGACAUCGCACCCGGUCUCAGCCCUGUGACUGCAAUUCACUAUGGCAGGAUCCAGGUAAUGCUGUUCAGGUCCCAUCUGGCCGAAUUUGCUGAAGAGGAUCUUGUCUAUGCGAUGGACAACUCAGUUGUCGUGUUUGGCGAAGAGGCCUUGCUCAUGGUUGCCCCCGAUGAGUCCAGCAUCGCGAUCUGCACGUAUCCAGUUGGGCUCAUGAUGAUGGAAUGGGGAAACUGGGACAUACUCGCAGUUUCGCCCCCUUCGCAAACUCCCACCAUUCCAAGCGAGAGCGUCUUGGGCAUCUCAAACCAAGGAGGUGCUAAUGUUGAGCAGCAAGAGCAAAGCUCUCAAACCAUCGACAUGACUCUGCCCAACAACUUUUUUGAACAGAGUUCGGUAACUCAAAGCAAUGGUACUAGCCGCCCGCGCAACCAAUUCGUUCUCUACUACCAAUGGCUGUUGGAUACUCUGUUCUCCGAAGAUCCGAGUCUUUCAGCUCGCAAUAUUUCUCAAAUUGUUGCGGGCUUGUGGAACAGCGAGCACCCCGCGGCAAAAGCUCGCUUCAGGGAACUGGCGGAAAUGGAGGUUCAUCGUCACCGAGCUGAGAAUCCUCACCUUUACCCCGACCAGCCGCGAUUUCCCACCACCGAUCCCGUUCCUCCUCGCAUGAGAUAUCCUUGCGUAAUCUCGCCCGAAGAUCGGCAACGAAUUCUGCGGAUGCUCGACUUUGUCUGGGAAGAGUCGAACGGCCAGUUGGCUGCCGAAGAAGCCGCACUUAACGAUGUUGUUCAACCUCAACAAGCCGAGGAGGUCGGCCCUUUCCCCGACUUCGAGUGGGAGGAGCCUAACCACAUUAUCGACAUGUCGACCGACCUGUCCGUGGCCCAGGACCCGGACUUCAUGAUGACUGAGGACGACUCCAUGCGAUUCCUUCUCAAGCAGGCGUGCUGA